AUGGUGGUGCAAUCUUCUGGCAAACCAGCUUCACCUGUGUCAUCAAGCAAACGUGAAAAAAAUGUUGUCAUAUUCGGCGAAACCGGCUCAGGGAAAAGUUCCAUGAUCAAUGUUAUCGCGCAAGAGCAGGUUGCGAUGAGCUCCAAUGAUGCGCAGGGAUGCACCUCUGAAUCGAAACCCUACUCAGUAAACAUUUCCGGCCAGAAAUUUGCCCUGUUUGAUACUGCGGGUCUCAAUGAGGGGACCGCAGGCACGGUGCCACAGAUGCAAGCGAGGCAACAGCUGAAGAACUUGUUGGACAAGCUCAUGAGCCAUCAGUCGCCGUCGGGUGGUAUCGACCUUCUGGUGUACUGUGUGCGCAACACGACUGCCCCUCACGCCAUCCUCAGCACCUACAACACUGUUUACUCUGGGGCCUGCCGGAAGAAGAGAGUCCCAAUUGUCGUUGUCGUCACAGGACUAGAGUUUGAGACUCCCAUGGAGAGCUGGUGGGAUUCUCACAAGGAAAUAUUCACAGGCAUGCAUCUCGCAGGCCAUGCAUGCGUCACAACGAUCGAGGACUAUCCAGACAUUCCGGAAGAUCUUACUCGCCGCGUUGCACAGUCGGGCAAGAUCCUGCGCGACCUUAUCAUGAACAAGUGCUCGGCUUCGGCGACCAAGUGA